AAGAGAGCUCCAGGCUCCAUCUGCGCCAUGGAGCGCCCAGCGACGCGAGCCAAGCGGUUCCUCGCCCUGGCGCUCGCCGCUUUGCCGCUCGGCUUCCUGGCGCCGAGUUCCUCCCGCGCCGAUGCGGCGGCGAAGCUGGCGGGCCGCGCAAGCGCGGGGCGGCGAGAGCCGCGGAUGGAGGCGCGGCGGGCCAUGUACACGCCCUACCCAGUGCCGGUGGCUGUGGGAGCAGGCGUGGUCGCCGCCAUCAUCCAGGCGCUGGUCUCCGCCGUGGCGGAGCCCAUUGUCAACCGGGUGCUGGUCAUGAGGGUCAGGAUCAUUCAGGCCAUCAAGGAGGUGCGGCCCUCCUUCGUGCUGAGAUUCCUGAAGACGACGCUGAUUACCAACUUCCUGGAGCUACCGCUCUUCGAGGCGGUGUACGCAGUGCUGAGCGGGCUGCCGGCAUUGAGCGCACCGCUGCAGGGGUGCUUGUCCGGCUUGGUCUUUACCACCGCGACGCUGCCCAUCAUGAACCUCCGGUACCGCAAGUCAAUGCAGCUGGAAGUGCAACUGGGCAACAUCUAUGAGGCCUAUGUCCCAACGGUGCUCCGGGACAUGCUCUAUGGCACAGUGCGACGAUACGUCACCGGCGCGCUGAUCAGCGCCGGAUUCAUCGGCACCAGCCCAGAGGUGCUGCUGCUGGCGGUGAUCUUGGCUCGGGCGGCCUCCGCGCCCCUGAACGAGUGGCGGGGGUACCAGCUGCAGACCAAGGCCAAGCGGCUCACGCUGGAGGAGUUCUUCCGUCUGGAGAACUUCCUGCGGUCCUUGCUGGUGGGCAUGGUGCAGGGCCUGGCGUUGUCGGUGGGCUACUCCUACGCCCCGGCCAUCGCCACGCAGCUCAGGUGAGAAGCGGUUGCAAGCGCUUGCCUGCCGCCUGCCUGGCGGGGCACCCCACAUGAGCGGCCAGGUGGUGGGAGCGAUGUGUUUGGCGAGAGCAUGGGAAUCCCCUUUAAAGUGACAAGGUAAAAAUAAAUAAAUGGCGACUGCAAGGAUGUAAACAACAACUACCUAGGUCAGCUUGGGUCAAACCCAAGGAACCAGUGACUGCUGCAGCGGCCAUAGUGUGGCAGUUGCAUGUUUCCUCUAAGGGUGGAAGUACAUACCCCUUGUUCAUCACCCUCGGCUUCCGUGGU